GCCGUUGUGUGUUGAAGAGGUCUCGAUAUCCUUCUCUCUAAAGCUCUCCUGCCCCCUUUCCCCUAUCUUUACAUGUCCACAACUUAAAAACUUCGGGACAUAUUCGAGACAUUUCUCGGAAUUGAUAACUGUCUUAUCCUAACAGAUACACAUGGCGAUAAGUGUUAUUGCAGUCAGUGGAACUUCGAAUAUUCGACGCAACCUGAUGUGUUAGGGCCCUCGCGUUUAAGAAGAGCAUGUGGAAAUGAACGAGGACCAGUAAACAGUAUCAAUGUCAGGAACCACUGUAACGCGGUACUUCCUUUCUAUAGUGCCUAUGAGUGAUUGUAGAACUUGAGUGCCAGAGGGCCUGACUGACCUUCGUGAGUGAUAUUGUUCAUCGUGUGAUUUGCAUGAGCGCGACGAGAGAGCGCAGGAAGUGAAGCGCCUUCUUAUGCAGCGAGCGCCACUCAGGGUCCGACGACGACGACGCCGAAGAGGAGAGGUCUCCUCUCUCCUGAAGUAAGCAACGAAGAGUGGGGCUGGUGGGCGUGGGCGUGGGGUGGGGCGGGGGCGGUGACGAUGGUGAUGUGCGAUGGGUGACGGGCGGCCUUGGUGGUCGGGCCCGCGCCGCGUGCGCCGUGUGCACGGCCUCCAGCUGCCACUACACCCGCAGCAGGUGCUGGCCUGGGUAGUGAUGGCAGCUUUCACUUCACUCAUGUAUGGUGCCGUCCUGCCCGCCCUCCACUCCCGCCUGGCCAUGCCCCUUGCCAUUGUGACAGGCGUCCUUUUCACUGCCCACCUUCUCACUCACAUUGUGGCGCUCGCCAUCGAUCCCGCGGACACCCAGCUUCGCACGCGCAAAGAUCGCCAGCAGGUCCCUGAGUUUGACCGGAAUGUUCACAGCCACGUGAUUGAGAAUGGACGGUGUCAUUUGUGCAAUAUUACCAUAUCAUCUAGUCGGACCAAGCACUGCAGCGCGUGCAACAAGUGUGUGGAUGUGUUCGAUCAUCACUGCAAGUGGCUUAAUCACUGUGUGGGUCGCCGCAACUAUCGCUUCUUUCUCGCCUGCGUCAUCACUGCUAUCGUCGCCUGCUUGUUGGUUAUGGGCACCUGUCUGGCUGAAAUUGUGCUUUACUACUUCCGGAGGGAGUAUCUCUCACCAUGGGAGUCUCCACGAUCUCAGCAGCAACUUCAUCAUCAUGAAGAGCCUCUGGACGAUACCUCACUAACAUGCUCGGAAGGUGCUCCUUAUUGUCAUUUCACCAUUUUUGGAGCUUUGGUUUAUGAUGGAGCUUUCAUAGGAUUGCUGUCCACAUUAUUCUCUGUGGCUUUAGUUGCUGAAGUGUUGCUAGUUCACUUAGCAGCUUUCCAUGCAUACAUUAUUUGUCUGGGUUUUACCACUUAUGAGUAUAUCCGUGGUCAUCACUUGAGAGGUUCAAAUUCUCAGCAUUCAUUCAGUACAUAUGGCCGUGAUGGAGUAGCAGAACGAGAAGGUGCUGUUUGUGGAUGGGCAGUAGCAAGGCGCCCUCAAAAUAACCAGAUAACUCCUUCCUCAACAACUGAUACUGCUUUACUAUCCACCAUAUCUGUAGACUCGCUUAGCACUAAUACAACUGCUGCUCGUUCUUCUCUGUCGUCAACCCCUGGCUUAUCGCCAUCUACGCCUUCAGAUGAUGCGCGAUCUCCUCAUGUUGGCAAAUCUAAUCUCCAGAAUCAUAGUUCUCGGCAACAAGUUUCUGGUGGUCGCAUUGGAUCGGCAUUGGUAUCACCUACUAACACUGCUCCAAGAACCCCACCAACCCGAAAUUCAGCUAUACCUCAGUUACCGCAAAUACAGGUUGCUCGCUCACGAGCCCAGCUCAGAACAUUAAGUCGAGCUGUGUCAACAGCUGUGAGUGAGUUUUCAGUCGAGGAAGAUGUUGAAGUUCGAGUUGUAGCUUUGCCCAGACCACGACCAUCUAGAAGGCGGCUCCGAUCAAGUAUAGCGCCACAUCUCUCGCCAAUUAAAGAAUGCGAUCAGACAGCACCUAGUCCUCCAACAGUUCGAGCAGUUCGUGAAAUAGAGAGUGCAAGUUCCAGUCCAGCAGAUAGUCCAGCCCAUACGCCUGUCCGCAGUCCUCGUCCUAGCCCAUCCCGAGCUCCUCACACACCUACUAAAGUGAGUCCACUUGUAGGUGGCGCAGAUGUGAAAAGACGUGCCAAUGGUCAUAGUAUCGUGAGCAGAGUGAAAAUGAACGGUAGUGCAGUUGACAGUACCCACAACAAUAAUGACUACAGUAGGACGCCUUCAGUUACUAGUGUUACUAAUCAAUCAUUAGUGAAAGAUGGUGCCAAUAGCGGAGUGUAUAAAGGCUCACAGGACCCUACUAGUGGUUCUAGCCCUCGCCAUAACGGAACUGUGGCUCAUGUGGAGUUGCACAUGUAGCAUCCACUUCAGGAGGCCUCUCACCUUGCUCACCUAACGACUGUUCUUUAAACAUACAGAGGCCUCCUUGGUGUCACCUGUGAGUCAUCGUUGUUGAUCAUUAUCAGUGUUUUUAUUUUGGGAUGCUGUCAGCCUCUCACUCCACUCAAAAACUCUUUUACAAGUCAUGUCAUAAUGAUCGUUGAAUAUUAUCAUAAUAGAACGUGGUUUAGGUCAUAAAAAUUGUAGUUUUCUUAAAUAAAGCAAUACAAUAUGUUGAUGGAUAUACUGAGUAGUUACAGCCAGUGUUGUGCCAAUGCUCCUGUCUAGUGCUCCCAAGCCAUUCCUUACUUUGUCUUUGCUUCUUAUCCCCUUCCCCUUUGUCCUUUGAUUAAUGCUUUGGGAAAGACCGAGAACAUCAUCAGUUCGUGCUGUACUGCAAUUUUAUUCUGGCUUGAAUGCCCCUGGAUCUGUCACUCUGAGGUUCUCGUUGUCACAUCUAUUGCGCCGAUGUUUCAAUCAGCUUGACCUUUUCCUUACACCUCUCAAAAAGAAACAUAACCUCGUUGCAAGAAGAGUUGAGAAGUUGCAGAACAUCUUUGGGUAAUCUCUACUUCAGAAGCAAAGUGUUUGCUUGAUGCCUCGUCUUUGUUGUUCUAUAUUCACCUUCACUAGACGGGAUGGAGCAAGCAGGGACUGAUUGCCUGUUCGGAGGAUAGGAAAGAAUUCAUGGUCUUAUACUUUUACAGGUUUUUGUGAUACUCUCUCAGUGAUGGUCAUGUACUGAUGGUGUAAUGAAGUUCUGUUACGAAGAGGACAUUAGUCAUCCGAACAACAUUUAUUGCCUGAACGGACGCCAACAAAAGUCUCGUGUAAAUGGGUGAUUUGCGUAUAAUGCGUGAUUCUUUUACAAGCUCUCGAAUAACGAAAUUAUUUUAAUCUAAUUGUGAAAUAUACCUUUUUGUCGAGUUGUUCUUUUCUUGUUAUCCAGAGACUAACUACGGGGAAUUCGGUCUUCGUCAUAAAAAAGGGGAAAGGCUAAUGACAAUGUUAGUAGAUAUUUUUUAAAAUUAAUUUUUCAACUACUCAAAGGGACAAUACGAAUGCGGCGGAAGUAUCUAACUGUAAGUGACGUAUUUUUGAGGUAAAAAGAGGAAAUUCUAGAAAGAUGAGUAAUUACUUUUACUUCUCAUGUGAAAUUCAAACGUCUCAAUCUUUAUUACAUCAAAUUUUUUCCCCAUCAAGUUAUUGAACUUUUAAGGACUUGAAAUUUUGAUAUUAGUAAUUGAAAUACUUCUUUGAUUAAGGUUUCUUCUUUGCCAGUUAUACGCAUUUUCAAAGAAAUAUGCAUACAUACAUACACA